GCUGCUUCAAGUAAGUGGUUAUAGCCUAACUUGGUGCCGGUUAUUAAUCACUCCACCUCCUCCGCUCGCCUUCAAUGUCAGCUCUGGCAGUCAGAGGUAUAUAAGUGCGGCAUUCCCCCAGGACGGCUGCAGCCGGGAGAGCACGAGCUCUCGAAAAGGCCACUCUACGACUUGUCUGUGUCCAGCUUACCUGUCUAAGCCGGAGACCCCGGAUCCAAUCCCGCCAGCAUGGCAUACAUCCAGAUGCAAACGCUUUCCUGGCACGAAGGCGAAAUCGGCAUGCGGAAAGCGAUGCGUGCCCCCGAAAUCGAUAACCCGACUGUUCCCGCUCUUUCGCCGCAGCUGGCGCAUCAUCUGCGCGUUGCGCCGCUGAUCUCGAUUGGAGCUCUUGAUGCUGAUGGCCGGCCAUGGACAACGCUGUGGGGCAAUGGGGAGAAGGGAUUCGCGCAACCGAUUGGAGAGGGCGUCAUUGGGAUUAAGACGCCAGUUACUGGGCACCAUGAUCCCGUGAUUGAGGAAAUAUUCGGCAAGGAUGUCGUGGGGCAGAAGAUUACGAGGGCAGAGGAUGGGAAGGGCAGAAUGGUGUCUGGACUGACGAUCGAUCUGGAGACGCGGAAGCGCGUCAAAAUGUAUGGCCGGAUGUUGGGCGGGGCGCUGACUAUGAACGAGGACGAAGUCGCCGAGCACGAAGAGCACGUCGCGGAAGUGCAGAUGGUGCUCAAAAUUGAGCAGAGCUUGGGCAACUGCCCGAAGUAUCUCAACAAGAAGCACAUUGUGUCGGCGCUCGCGAAGCCCGAGUUGGUGUCGGACUCGCCGCACCUCCCGCAGCAGGCCAUCGAUCUGAUCGAGAAAGCCGACCUCUUUUUCGUGUCGAGCAGGCACGGUGAGGAGGACAUGGACACCAACCACCGCGGCGGUCCAGCUGGCUUUUUACGAGUUGAGUCAAACAACGAAUCAGGCGCCGUCCUCUGCUAUCCUGAAUACUCCGGCAACCGCCUCUACCAGACACUCGGAAACCUCAGAGUCAACCCUCUUGCCGGCCUGUGCAUCCCAGACUUUGAAACAGGAGACAUGCUAUACCUGACCGGCAAAACAGAAAUCCUGGUAGGCCCCGACGCCGCCGCCGUGAUCCCGCGCUCCAACCUCGCCGUGCGCAUCACCACCACAGGCGCCCGCUACGUCGCCCGCGCCCUACCCUUCCGCGGCAUCCAAGGCGACAGAUCCCCCUACAACCCCAACGUCCGCUACCUCGCGUCCGAAAAAGCACCCGCUCAAGUCGCACGAACAACACAACAAGCCACCCUCCUCCACCAAGUCAAAUUGACCCCCAACGUCUCGCGCUUCCGCUUCUCCCUCCAAAACGCCGCAACCUACAAACCUGGGCAAUACGUCACGUUUGACUUCUCGAGCCACCUCGACAUGGGGUAUAGUCAUAUGGCCGACGACGAUCCGCGCAGCAUCAACGACGACUUUGUCCGCACCUUCACCGUUUCCAGCACGCCGGGCGAUCCCCCGAAUCCCGUGCGCAACCUCGCAGACGACGAGUUUGAGAUUACGAUUCGGAAGGUGGGGACCGCUACAGACUUUCUCUUCCGGCAUAUGGGCAAAGGGAGUUCUGCACGCGGGAUGCAUGAGCUUGAGGUCCCGGUGCUAGGAUUCGGGGGUGAGUUUGAAGUUCAACAAGAUGCUGGCGAGACGAUCGCUUUUGUAACGGCUGGGGUCGGUAUCACGCCUAUUCUGCCAUCUCUGGGGCGACUGGAUUACUCCCGGCUGAAGUUGCUAUGGUCGGUGCGGGAGGACGACGUCGAGUUGGUGCUGGACGUCUUGAAGCAGCAUCCGCGGCUUGCAGAGAGCCUGUCUGUGUUUGUCACGAAUGCGAAAGAGGGCAGUGAGGCGGUUGGCAAGCUGAAAGGAACCGGCGUGGUGCAGCACAGCCGACGGAUUCAACAAUCUGACCUUGCAUUCGACCGGGAGGUGCAGAAGUACUACCUUUGCACUCCCGUGCCGAUGAGGAAGCAAUUGAUGGAAUGGCUGCCAGAGAAGGAUCUGAUUUUCGAGGACUUCAAUUUCUGAACUAACUGCUUUGUGCUAUGAUCGGUACAAGUCUGUAAAGAGAACCCUGCCCAGGAUCAUUGUCAAAGAAAGAGCA